GUCUCUCCAGCACAGCAGACAAGCACGCAUACUUCUCUCUCCACUCCUAGCUCGCUCCAGUAAUCCAGGCAGCCAAAGAUGUCGAUGAAAGGCAGGAAGACCACUAGCUACUCCGUGGUGUCGUCCAAUGUGGCGCCCCGGAGCUUCAGCAGUAUGACGUACUCGGGGCCCGGCCAGGCCUCCCACAAGCAGAGCUACAGCGUCCGGAGCUCGUACGGAGGGCCCGGGAUGGGGGGAUUCGGCUCUGGGAGUGGCUUCAUCACCAGCCGGUCGGCGUACGGGGGUGGCAUGGGUCUGGGCGCGGGCGUGGGCAUGGGCAUGGGCACGGGCCAUGUGGCCCCCAUCACUGCUGUCACUGUCAACAAGAGCCUGCUGGCCCCCCUCAACCUGGAGAUCGACCCCAACAUCAAUAUCGUCCGCAGCCAGGAGAAGGAACAGAUCAAGACCCUGAACAACCGCUUCGCCUCCUUCAUCGAUAAGGUGCGCUUCCUGGAGCAGCAGAACAAGAUGCUGGAGACUAAGUGGAACCUCCUCCAGGGCCAGACCACCACCCGCUCCAACAUCGACGCCAUGUUCGAGGCCUACAUCGGCAACCUGCGCAGGCAGCUGGACAGCCUGGGAAACGACAAGAUGAGGCUGGAGGCCGACCUACACAACAUGCAGGGGCUGGUGGAGGACUUCAAGAACAAGUAUGAAGACGAGAUCAACAAGCGCACCGAAUGCGAAAAUGAUUUCGUGCUCAUCAAGAAGGAUGUGGAUGAGGCCUACAUGACUAAAGUGGAGCUGGAGACCAAACUUGAGAGCCUCUCUGAUGAGAUUAACUUCCUGAGACAGAUCUACGAAGAGGAGCUGCGUGAGCUUCAGAGCCAGGUGAAGGACACCUCUGUGGUGGUGGAGAUGGACAACAGCCGCAACCUUGAUAUGGACGCCAUCGUGGCGGAAGUGCGCGCCCAGUAUGAGGACAUCGCCAACCGCAGCCGUGCAGAGGCCGAGGGCUGGUACAAGACCAAGUAUGAAGAGAUGCAGACGUCCGCCAACAAACAUGGGGAUGACCUGAGGUCAACCAAGACAGAAAUCGCCGACCUGACCCGCAUGAUCCAGAGGCUGCAGUCUGAGAUUGACUCAAUCAAGGGCCAGCGUGCCAACCUGGAGAACCAGAUCGCAGAGGCAGAGGAGCGGGGAGAGAUGGCUGUAAAAGACGCCAAGAACCGCAUCAGAGACCUGGAGGAUGCCCUGCAGAGAGCCAAGCAGGACAUGGCCCGACAGAUCAGGGAGUACCAGGACCUGAUGAACGUCAAGCUGGCCCUGGACAUCGAGAUUGCUACCUACAGGAAGCUCCUGGAAGGAGAGGAGGACAGGCUGGCCAGCGGCAUCAAGGCCGUCAACAUCUCCAGCGUGAAACAGAGCUAUACACCGAGCUACAGCUCCAUCCCCAUGGAAAGUGCCGGAAUGUCCUACAGCUCCUACGGCAGCGGGUACGGUGGCGGUUAUGGAAGUGGAGCCGGGUACAGCAGCGGAGGCGGGUACAGCAGUGGAGGCGGGUACAGCAGUGGCAGUGGCUAUACCAGCAACCAAAACAAGAAGAGUGUCGUCAUCAAGAUGAUCGAGACCAAGAACGGGAGGGUGGUGUCCGAGAGCUCAGAGGUCAUGCAGGAUUAAUCUGGAUGGCUGCCAUCAUGUGUCCUCCUCUCACAUUCCCUCUAAUAACCCCCUCCCCCCAAUGCAAUAAGACCCCAAGUGCCCUCUAACAGUCUUUUUAAAGCCAGCCCUUAAAGCAACAGGACAUUCACACCCAGCUCAGUUAUUUAAAUUGAAGGACCAAAGUAUGUUCCAGUCCAAGUGUGCCUUAUGCUUUAACUGUGCUGUUUUGCACUAAAAAUCAAUCACCCGUUAUCCAUCUAGCACAGCAGCUCUUGUUCAUGCUGGCCUACGGAAGAGCUGGAUCUCUCGGUUUGGCUGAGAGCUAAAGCCCUAAGAUAGGCCAUUGUGUGUUCAGCGAUUGUUUUAUCAGCCUGCGCCUCUGAGGUGCUGUCUUUUGCUACCAAAGAAUAAAAUAUGUUUACUGUUACACCAAA